GAUAUUUUUUUCUGUUGGUUUCUUGUACACUUGUAUUUCAUUGACAGUUAAAAUGCAACAAUAAUUAUUUGUGCUGUAAUGCAAAUGCAUGCACAUGCAUGUCCACAAACACAUAUCUACAUAGAUGUUCAUACAUAUUGAUAUAACUACAUAUACAUAUAUUGGUUUUUAUUAGCGUAGUUGCGUCUGUCUGUCGGUUUGGCAAUCAGUUUCGCAUGAGCUUUUCAUCAGCAUUUGCGCGGAUUUGUAAUGCGUUAAAUCGUUCACUUCAACAGCGAUAACAACAACAACAACAAAAGACAAAUAAAAAACAUGACGGAAAGCAAAAAAUAAAUAAAGCUAAAGGAAUGAGGUGGCGCUAAAUCCGAUCCGAUUCACUCAACUCAACACCGAUACCCAACCCCGGUGGUGUUGACCGAAUAAGAGUAAAUAUUUAUAGUUAAGAGCUUAUGAGUCUUGGCGGCUGAAAUAGCCUGGUUUGAGCCCUAGUCCGACAAACAUCCAAAAUUAUAUUAAAUUAUUAAAAAAAAAAUUAUGCUGAUCUUUCUAAAAGCGGUCGCCCCUUGGCGGUUUGGCAUAGAACAGGAAAUGAGUCUAUGUGUCAUCAGACAAAAAGAUGCUUGAAGAAGCUGAAGAGGUCUCUGCUUUUUAAACUUAAGAGUUUACUAAACACCGAUCAAAAGCCAAUAAUCGUGAAAAAAUAUAAUCAAAAUACCGUUGUAAAAAAAAUUGUAGUAAAUACCUUUUGCAUACAGCAUAACUGGGUAUAACAAGAAUUACAUACUAUUUAUAUACGCAUAUAUGUACAUAUGUGCAUAUAUACAUAUGUAUGUACAAUAUCUAAUACAACAAUUUUUUUGCUACAACAAUAAUUACAUGCCGGCACGAUAAUGCCAAAUGCAGCUGCUGAAUUGCUCAGUAAAUUUGUUGAUUUUGCUGCUGUUGUUGUUGUUGUUGCAUGUGGAUUUAUAAAUGUUGCACUUUUUAUUGUAAAUCAUCUGCUUGUAUUUUUCAUUUUGUUGCACUUGAUAGUUUUGCUAGGUGCUUGACGUAUGCUGUGAUGCGCAUACAUACCUAUGAAUGUACAAUACAUAUGUAUGUGUGUGUGUAUAAAGGAGCGUUUUUAGUUUUCACUGAUGCUCAACGGUUUGUGAAGUGCAUCAACCGCAGCUCCGCUUAGCGCCGCCCAACCCCGCCCCCUGCGCUUGUAUGCACAUACAUAUGAACAUAUACACACACACACACACGCGCUUGCGCACACAAACCAAAUGGCACACUAAGCUGCUGUUAUAAGCGCACGUCUUUGUGUUGUUGUUUAUUUUUUGUUUUUACUUUUAUAUUUAAGCUUACAAAACAUUAGAUAAUUAUUGUAUCUAACAGAUGCAAUAAGUAUGUGUGUGAGCGUGAUGAUGCUGUUGCUUCGCUUCUGCCGCUCAAUGCAUUCUCUUGCGUUUCUUACACGGCUUAUUAAUAUCUCCAAUUUAAUUUUAUUCCCAGCUUAGCGUUUUGAUUUUGUGUUUCUCGUUUUUAAAAGUUUUUAUUUGUUUUCGUUUUGUUUAUUUUUUUUUUUCAAUAAUUUCAUCAUAUUUCUGAAUCUUUUACUAAACUUUUAAAUCUCCAACGUCAGUUGCAUUUCGAUUGCAAACAUUCAAUGUAGCGAAUGUGGCAAAUUGUGAGCCGUGAGAUUCGCGAAGAACGUGUUGUGGUGACCGUUUAUAAAUUCAAAACAUACAUUUGUAUAUAUUUAUAGAUGUUUGUAUGUAUGGGCGUAGAAAUUGUGGUAACUAAGAUUAAUAACAUUUAAUAAUAACUAUGACAGUAAUAUUUUAACAAGUGUUCCAACUCGGCAUUGUUGUUGCAAAUGUUUUGUGAAUAACUGUUUAAUUAAGAAAACAAAAUAAUUGUAAUUUUAUUAACACAACACAAGGCGGGCGAAGCGAUAACAACUCUCUCAAUGGAAUAUCCCAAGAAUAUAAAUGAUCGAUCCGAUUUCAUUGGAGGCAUCGACAAUGAGGCAAUCGAUUUCGGUAAUCUGGAACAGUUCAUGCAGGUUGAAGCAGCCGUUGGUCAAUUGGACACACAUAAUGGCUGUGUGAGUGUCAAUAGUACACGCGAAAAUCCAUUAAAUUGUGGCAACACUAAGACCGAUCAGCAACAACAACGACAACUUACUUCUCUUCAACAACAGCAGCAGCAGCUGCAUCAGCAUCAGCAUCAACAGCAAAUUAACUCGGUCGAUGGUCAAAUAUCUUUGGUAAGCGUUUCGGCGCGUGUUAGUUUGGCAUCCACACCCAUAGCGACGCCGAACCCAGCUGCCGUUAACCACAGCACACCGCAUAUGCCAGACAGCCCGCCCGACUCCGGUUCGGAACCACCUUACAGUCCACUACAGGACACGCACGGUCUCACACUCACCUCGCGCGACGUCUACAAUGGCCUCUCUUCGAUACAGACCGAUAUGCAUUUGCAGUCACAAUUUACGUCACCGCAUCCAGCGCAACAAAUGACCACACAUCAGCACCAACAUUCACAGCAUAACAACAGCCACAACAACAACACCACUCAAUUACAUUACAAUCACAAUCACACGCCAACGGCGCCUCCGAAUGAUACGUUGAGUGCCAUACGGGUGAAACAUGAGGCAGGUCUCAUCAUGGACCCGACAGCGCUCACGCACACGCAGCAUGCCAACUCCAUAAGCACACAUGCACAUACACAUGAUCCCAAUGGCGCCCAUGGUCAUAUGAGUUUUCCGCCUACACACCAGUUGAUGUUCACGAAUCAAAAUGCCAACAACAACAACAACAGUAAUGAUCACAACACAAAUGCUAGCAGCCUGCUAUCGUACGAGAAUCUACAUAAUGGUAAUUUUCCUUCAGUGAACUAUCCAAAUGUUACUGUUGUAAAUGGGAUCGAUGUAUUGCCAACUCAUCCAACGUCCUGCGCGCUCACUUCCCAUAUCAACGAGGUGCCACGCGUUCAGUUGAUCGGUACAAGCCAAGCGAUACCAUCGCAGCACACUCGUUCGUCGUUGCCCACUACACCCGUGCAUCUGUCCGCGUCACGCAAGCGUAAGCUCUCCACGCAGCUAGAUUGUCCCGACUUUGCUAGCAUAAAGCCAGAUCCGGGUUUGAGAAUGAGUCCAGCGGAUGGCGGUGCAGUAGUGUCUGAGCCGCAAAAACUUAGCGCAUCAUCACCAGUUACCAUCACACUACCUGCACACGCCGGCGACAUAUCCAGUACGCCCGCACACUCAGCUGCCUCGCUAUCACCUGCGCUGUCGACCAUCAACUCGAAUCCGGACAAUAGUCUGGAUGGCAAUAAUACAACCACAAGUGGCGGUGGCGAAAGUGGUGAGAAUAAUGCUCUAACGCCGUGUAUUCGCUUCAGUCCAUUCCAGCCGCAAAACUGGCACAAACUGUGCGAUCAAAGCCUGCAAGACAUUGCGGUCGUUUACUAUCGUGUCGAUGCGGACAAGGGCUUCAACUUCUCCGUGUCCGAUGAUGCGUUCGUUUGUCAGAAGAAAAACCACUUUCAGAUAACUUGCCACGCACGUCUACAGGGCGAUGCGAAGUUCGUCAAAACGCCGUCCGGCUUAGAGAAGAUUAAUUCAUUUCAUCUUCAUUUUUAUGGUGUUAAAUUAGAAGCUCCCAAUCAAACGAUCCGUGUCGAACAAAGCCAAUCGGACCGCUCAAAGAAACCAUUCUAUCCAGUGCCUAUUGAUCUGCAGAGCCACAUUGUUAGCAAAGUGACUGUCGGUCGUUUGCAUUUCUCAGAAACAACAAAUAAUAACAUGCGCAAAAAAGGUCGUCCCAAUCCUGAGCAGCGGUACUUCCAACUGGUGGUUGGCUUGCACGUACACACCAUAUCCGGAAAUUUCCCCAUCAUCAGCCAAGGUAGUGAACGUAUCAUUGUGCGCGCCUCCAAUCCAGGCCAAUUCGAGUCCGACGUCGAUCUUUGCUGGCAACGUGGCCUUACGCAAGACUCCAUCUUUCACGCCGGCCGUGUUGGCAUUAACACGGAUCGUCCGGACGAGAGUUUGGUUGUGCAUGGUAAUCUGAAAGUGUCCGGACACAUAGUGCAGCCCAGUGAUAGUCGCGCAAAGCAAGAGAUAGCUGAGUUGGACACUUCGGUGCAACUGCGUAACUUACAGAAAAUACGCAUCGUGCGUUACCGUUACGCGCCGGAGUUUGCUGUGCACUCGGGCCUUAAGCGUUCGUGUGAGAGCGACAGCGAAGAGAUCGUCGACACAGGUGUAAUUGCGCAAGAGGUGCGCGAGGUUAUACCCGAUGCGGUGCAAGAGGCUGGCAGUAUUGUGCUGCCUAACGGUAAUGUGAUCGAAAAUUUCCUGCUGGUCAACAAGGAUCGCAUUUUGAUGGAAAACAUUGGUGCGGUGAAAGAGCUCUGCAAGGUCACUGGCUCGCUGGAGACGCGCAUUGAAGAUUUGGAACGAAACAAUCGGCUAAUAAGACAACAGGAGUUCGAGCAACGCAGCAAAAGCUAUCGCUUGGCUAAGAGCUGUGGAGGGCGUGGCGGAUACGAGAUCUGUUCAAACAAAACCUUGCAGAUCGUCAUAUUUUUAUUGGUCAUCGUUAUGGCAGCUUGCCUUGCAGCCGUAUCCACCCUCUAUUUCGUGGAACACAACAAGCAACGUUACAACUACAAGCAACUAGAUCGACUACAGUUCCACAGUAACGGUCACCUUCUCGGUCAUGAUUCUGUACUCAUAAACGAACAGGAAGGUUAUAUUGUCCAGGUGCAUAAUCUACUCAACCGAAAUAAAACUAUUCAGCAGGUCGGAUCAUCGCGGCCGACGGGUUAUCGGAAUUCUACACGACUAAACCCCGAAAUUACCUAUGAUGAAAGUAGUGAUCCAUACUCGCAGUAUGGGCGUAACGAUGAACUGGCUGUCGUAAUGGAAAAGCCGCUUGUCAGCCUGCAGCCAUUGCAUCCACGGAAAGAUACGUUUAAAGUGACAACAACUGCACCCCAGCUGCGUAUUAAUAAGACGAUAAGUAGUAAAAAUAAAUCAAAGUGGCCUCAAGCGCAAGUGGUACCCAAGUUGAUAGCGUCAUUUCAAAACACACGUGGAACCAGUAGCGUGCAACCUGAAAGUAAUGCCAAUCUGGCACCGAGCCAACGAAGGACAGGAACUCUCGGCACCAAUGAGACGUCUUCGGAAAAAGUCACCGAUGCAGUGCCAUUGGCACACGAUUUCGAUAACAAUUCCAUCGAUGUGGAUGCACAACAUUUGACAAAGAAGGUAACAGCCAACAGAGACUCGGUUGCACGCGCUGUGAGUUCUCACGAGGAAACGCUUUCGGAAAACGCUGAAACCAUUGCUGACUCAAUAAUGCCCAUUGUCAGCACAUCCUCGAGUGGCGAUGUUAAUAGUAAAAAUGUUGUUGAUCACAGUGAUAACGGUAAAAAUACCAAUAUCAAUGAUAACAAUAAUGUGCCGGAUACCACUGUGCCGGCUUAUGGGCUGCGUUCACGUAACGUAUACAAAGCGGUCUCACCACCAUCAGCGCUUCUUCCACUCACCACUAAUAAGGUCACCAUCGAAGGUCUGCCAAGCAACCAUUCACAAGAGGUGCCGGCAUACUCAAAUAAAAGUCAAGCAGUGCUGGAGAGUAAAGUGGAUAGCACAGAUUUGUUAGAUUUACAGAGUCUGAGUAACAACAAUGAAUCGGCGGAUAACCCAAUCACUGCGUUGUUCGGUUUCGAUUUCGGCUGGGGUCGUGAGUCAAUUCUAGGCCGCAGGUCAACCUCGCAACGUAGCGUCGGUCGCAUACGUUGUAAAUUCGUGCAGGUAGAGAUGUUUGGUGCGCCGCCACAAUGCACACAGAAGCCGAACAAUGACGAGGUGUCAAAUUGUCAGUCGUUUUGCUUCGAGGAAUCCAAUCAAUUGCCACCACUUCACCAAAACUUAGCGAACAUACCGCAGGUAAAAGAGGGCCCUGUUGCCACAGGAAAGCAGCAAAGCAACGAAAAUACACAAUCAUCAGACUCGAAUGUGGACAGCAGCGAUGUUGAUCCAGAUCCCGACACUCAACCGCGUUCUCUGGCCACGCCCAUAUUGUCGACAAAUGCUACUUUCAUUGGCACAGACAAAAAAGCACAAGUGGUGGAAGUUUCCAGUGAACAGCGCUCAGAUCUAUCAGACUCUUCUAGAGAUAUUUCUGGCUCAGAUGAACGGCUCGAUGUUGACGCUAAAACGGUACAGGACACAGUUGGCGCACAAGCGCCUGCGAGUGGUUUAUCGGCCGAAGCGCAAAUUACUGCCGAAGCUCUAACGGAUUGUUGGCAAAUCAACAGUUGUUUGAUAGCCGACACACAUAACGAGACAUUCGGUAUGGAGCAUCAUUGUCCACAUGGCGGCAAGUCGCUGAACAUGACCUAUAUUAUACCGUUAUCAAGAUUUUUCAAGGAAUCAAGCAUACAACUGCAACUCACCUCCUCUGUGCCACUGUUAUGGACUAUUUGCAGUAAUCGCGAGCUAACCAGACACCAAGGUGCACAUCUCUUGCAAUCGUCUGCCCAUCAACUCAACGCCAACAUUGUACAGGGUCAACCAAAUGUCUCGGUCAUCUAUUUCAACAUACCGAGUCGUGGCUAUUUUGUACGAAGUUUUGCGUUACGCGCAACAACCGCGGAUUCCAAGAAGCAAAAUAUUUGUCAGGAGACAGCACACGAAGCAAACAGUUUACUACAGUACAACUUUAGUAUCGUAAGAGAUUGUGAUUAGUGAUAAAUUAAAGCAAUUUCCAAGCGUUAGUAAGUAACCAAUAGGAUCAAACAUAAACAAACAACAACUGUGAGAGCAAGAUAUCUGAUCAACUCAACAUAAAAACAUACUCGUACAUCUGCAGUUUAUAUUAAAU